AUGACGGCAAGACCGGGUUCUAUGGCCACUCAGCUAGCAGGAGUACCCGACUCACUACUCGCUUCGAAUAUUCCUCUGAUCAGAGCUCCCGGCACAUGGCUCCCAAAACCAAUUGCUUGCCCCAGUGAUCUCCAUCCAUUGCCGGAAGACGUCACGGCCUAUUUCGUGUACCCAUAUACUUUGGAGCCGUCAUCAUUGAGAUAUCUAAAUGGUUUAUCGUCACAUCCGACAAAUUGGGAAACAACCUUACGGUCUGCCCAAACUUACUUGGAAGAACGUCGACUUCGAAAAGAAGCAGAGCGGAUUCAGAUCGAAAACGAGAAAGAACAGAUCAGAUUGAACUCGUUGAGACUGGUUGCGCCCGGCUGGAAUGGUGCGAUGGAGUCUAUUCUGAGUGCUCCGUCAAGCGAUCGUCCUGCUGUAUCGUCUGCCCCCUGCACUAGUACCACUCCUCCAAACUUUAGCUCCUCUUGA